CUUCCAGAACCAGCGCCUCAUCCCCUUUCCCCCCUGAUACGACGCUUCAUCUCCCCCUUCUGGGCAGCGACGCCUUGAGGAGCCGCCGCCGCACGCUCCGCUCCUCCCUGCACCUCAUCCCCUUCCCCUGCUCCCCCUCACACGACGUGCGGCGGUGCGAGGACCGGCCCUGGCACCAGCGCCCCCGGUGCCUGGAGCAGUGCAGGGAGGAGGAGCGGGAGAAGCGGCAAGAGCGGAGCAGGCACGAGGCCGACGACCGCAGCGGCGAGGGCUCGUCGGAGGAUGAGCGCGAGCGCGAGCAGGAGAAGGAGGAGAAGCAGAAGGACCGGCGGUCGUACGUGUUCGACCGGCGCAGCCUCCGACGAGCGCGAGCGCGAGCAGGAGAAGGAGGAGAAGCAGAAGGACCGGCGGUCGUACGAGCAGUCCGGCUCCUGCAAGCCGCCGACGGCGUGCCAGUACAGCGGAGGCAUGCCAGUCGGGGCGCAGGACGAGGACUCCUACCGGUGGAACGCCCCGGACAUCCUCUGCUACCGGUGCGACUCGUGCAGGGCCGGCGUGAUGGAGCAGGUGCGCCAAGACUGGCACAAGAUCUUUGUGCUCGACGUCGCCGUGCUCGCCGCUCUCGUCUGCAUCUGCUCAUGCGGGUGUUGUGCCUUCAGGAACGCUCGCCACUCCCGGUCCCAGUACCCAUACGGGGUAAACCAAACGUCCAAGAUAAACCCACGCUGGGACUACUGGUGGCGAUGAUGGGGUGGUAGAAGAGAACAGAUCUACUAGGCUAGCUGUAGCUUCUCAAUGCCUGUAUGAUAUUUUGAUCCAAUCUUCUGUGGUAAAAGAUAAAAUAACACUUGGGAUCUGUAUGUGUUAUUAGCCCCUGUGGUACUCUAUUUGUUUCCAGGUCUGCAGAGUUUAGUUUCUAUAGAUAUUUGAGUUAAGAGGAGACUAAGCCAUGAAGUAAAAGAGAUGCCUAGUUUUUUUCCCCUUCAAUAUGGUAGCCAGCAUUGUAUCAUGUAGAAUUUUAAUCCAGGACAGAAGUGGUUCCAUGUA